AUGUCCGUGGACCCAGACCUCCAACUCCUCGGCUGCAGCCAUUUCCAGCUAGCCCAAGACCUGCGGCUUCAUGCGUGGUUGUGGCCCCAUGGCUACAGCCUUGGCCAGAUCACCCAUGCCCUGCGAAGUCGAGUCGCGCAGGACCUACUGCAAGUGUACACGGGAGCGAUACUAUCACUGCAGCCCAAGAAGAAACGCGUUUACACUCAACUAACUCUCAGCGCACCCCCGUCAUGGAGCAAGAAACCAGAAACUGUGAAGCGACCUGUGAAGCGACCCGAGGCAGUGCAUUCAACACGGUCUCGAAGGCUCGGCAAGGAAAACGCCGAGAGGACUGACAUCAUGAUGCGGUACACUCAAGCGCUCCAAGCCCCACCAACCUUUAACGAGGCGCUACGCAUCGAAGAGGCCAAAGUCGAUCACAUGCGCAAGUUAAUCGCCUUCGAAGUUGAUCAAGUUGUGCUGUCUGUGCUGGAAGACGUCAUCGCGUCUAUCGAAGCGAACGAAGUCCACCUCCCGGUCGCCAAGUUGAAGGAAAACUGCGACGUGUUUCGCAUCGACCGCGCUGUACUCAUUGUUCUCAUUGAAGAUGCCUUCGAUGCAAUCAACAAGGAGAACGUCAAGGAAAACCUGCGGUCAGCAUCCUAUGUGUGGAUCGACUUCUGCCUUUGA